AUGGUGAUCAAGGAGGUUUCAUUCUGCUCAUUUCUGGAUCACAGCCAAGAAGGUGACUGGAUAUUGAGAAAUGACUCUCUGGAGAAGGGAUUUGCUUAUUCAACAAAAGCAAUAGCAAAGAACCUCACAGGCACCUUGCCACUAGUGAAAGGCUUUGUUGCUACAGCUGUUGCUGUGAUUUGUUUUGGCAGUAAUUUUGUUCCAGUGAAGAAAAUUGAUACAGGAGAUGGCCUGUUUUUCCAGUGGAUUUUUUGUACUGCAGUAUGGGUUGUCUCACUGGUGAUCCAUCUUAUCCAACAGUGUCCGAAGUUCUGGCCCCUCACAAUGCUUGGUGGAUUUCUGUGGGCUACAGGGAAUGUCACUGUUAUUCCCAUAUUAAAAACAAUUGGUCUUGGCAUGGGAGCUUUGAUCUGGGCUACAUUUAGCCUUCUAAUGGGCUGGGCUAGUUCAAGGUUUGGCUGGUUUGGAUUGAAUGUACAGAGUGUUCCAAGUCCCAUCCUAAAUUAUAUUGGAACAGCAAUGGCAGCGUUAAGUGCUGGGAUUCUUAUAUUUGUGAAAACCGAGAGUAAAGACCCACCGCCAGAAGAAAUAUCCCCCUUAAUACAGGACAAAGAAAUGGAAAAGACAAAGGAACUAGAAGGCUUACAGGAGACUUCAACAAAACAGAGAGAUACCUGCUGGACUGAUAAACUCAAUCCCCCACAAAAGAAAUUGGUAGGCUGCAGUCUUGCAAUGUGUGCAGGCUUAUUGUAUGGUUCCAGCUUUGUGCCAGUCCUCUACAUUAAGAACCACGCUGAAAGAAAUGAGACUGAGUUUUUUGGAGCUAGUCAGUUUGACAUGGAUUAUGUCUUUGCAUACUGCAGUGGGAUUAUUCUAACCAGUACCAUCUAUUUUCUCAUAUACUGUGGAGUGAAGAAAAACAAACCAUCUGUUUAUUCAACUGCAAUAUUACCUGCUUUCUUCUCGGGACUGCUGUGGGGAAUAGCAAACAGUGCUUGGUUUCUGGCAAACUACUACCUUGGUGCAGUUAUCACAUUUCCUCUUGUUACUGCUGGUCCAUCUGUAAUUUCGCUAACAUGGGGAGUGUUUUAUUUUAAAGAGAUAAAGGGCUUACGGAAUUUCAUAAUACUUGGUGUCGUGCUAUCCAUUGCUCUUACUGGAACCAUACUCAUAGGCUUGUCUAAAGUGGAGGGAAUUGUCUGACCCAGCUUGCAGAACAACUGAAUAACGGAGUCCACCAUUUCUCAGAAGCAACUGAAACAUGCUGUACAAUACCUGAUAAAAAAAAUAAAUAUUUGAACGUAUGCUUGUGUGCAAUAUGUCAUGCUGCUAAUUUAAGAUUGAACAUCAGGCACUAGAGAAUCAUGCUUUUGAAGGGCAUUGACUCUAAUCACAUAAAGUGUACAGGGGUGGACAGCAGUGCCUUAGUAGAAAUCUUGUAAAGCUUUUGAACCGUAAUGUGAAGAAUAUUUUACACUUUAUUACCUGGAUCCUAACACUCGUUCAAUCUUAUUGUUCCAAAUUUAAAAUAUGCUGCAUGAAAUGUCUUGUCAGUAACUUAACUGGGAGAUUUGGUAUCCACAAAAUAUUAAACAGAACAGGAAGCAGCUUACCAUCUAGUAUAAUCACAAAUAAAACCCAAGUGCAGUGUCCCUUCUGUUUGAUUUGGUCCAAUUAGGACUAAUCUCAUCUUCAGCAGUUAUUUUCCUUUGUAGCUUCUGCACAUGAGCAAUCAAGGAGGAAUUCAUCUGUAUGAAAAGCAUUAAUAGGUAAAAGAUACAGAUAAAAAGCAGUGAGAAGAAUAUGGGACACAGGAUAAUUUUUUUUAUAGUUAAAAGAGAGUUUCAACCUAAUUGCUAGUCAGGGAUUCCCAUUAAAAGGUGAGUAGUUUACAUCCAAGG